UGAACAAGCCGAAUGACUGCGUGAACAACUUCGUGGACAUCUUCUCUCCUAACACAGAGAUCGAGUCCAGAGUGAAGACGUUCUGCAGCUCCAUAGCAGAAACGGUGAAUUCGAGGAACAACAUCCUCUAUGUCCGCUUCUUUGCAGACUGGUCGGCCAGGAAUUCCACCUUCUCGUCCCUCUACACCGCUUACAGGGAGAGGAAGAAAGAUGGAGACAGUGACGGGGGUUGCUUGCCUGGAGAGUUCGACUGUCAGGACGAGCGCUGCAUCAAGAAGGAACUGGAGUGUAAUGGGGUCAUUAACUGUCGCUUCCGUUGGGAUGAUGACGACCAUUGUCUGCCGAAGACUGGAACAGUGGCGGACACGCUGAAGUCUGAUCAUAUCAUCAUCAUUCUGGUGAUCUUCUGCCUCAUCUUGUUCGGCAUGUGCUUCACGCUGGUCUUCAACUGCGUGCGGAAACUAAUUCACGAUCACAGGAUCAUACAGGAGCACAUGCGGCAGUCCCGCCAGUCCCGGCUGGACCAAGUGGGCAAGACGAGGAGCCUGGAUCCUCCGAAGGCGGCGUCCGCAGGCCGGAGUCGCAGCAACAGCAGUUCCGCAGGCGGGGGCGUGUCCCCGCCCCAUCUGCUGAGAGCGGUCCGCUCCGAUGCUCACAUCCCGCACGAGUCUUCACACCGCGGGACUGCGCCCGAGGAAUGCUACGUGCCGGGAGCCGGCGACUUGAUGCCGAUCCUGCUCGGGGCCAGCAAGCCUACGGACACUCGCGGGGUCACGGCGGCUGUUCCCGCCAACGGAGACGCCGUGUUCCUGAGGGACGAGCAGAACCAACAGCAGGCUUACGAAGAGGAGGAUGACGAACUGGAGAUGUCGAACUUCCCGCCACCCGAGAUGAGAGACAAUGAGUGCCAGACCAGGGAGAGUCUGUUUAUGAACACGAACUCUGAUCGUAGUCUCACGCCGCCCCCGCCGCCGCCACCUGUGACGUCACGUAACAGACCAACUCACCAGCAGAGCGUGCCACCCCACCACAGCUCCUCAAAUACAAGCGCCUUUUCGACUUUCGGCUACAACAAGGACCACGAACACGGGAAAACUAGCAGUUCCACCCUACCCCCUCACCACCAUCACCACCAUCAUCAUCAGCAACCCCACUCUCCGGAGUUGCAGCGCUUCAGGGCAGAAGCAGUCAUCGAGAUGGAACAGAUGUCACCGCGAAGGGUCGCUGGGGACGUGGUGCCACCGCCACCACCCCCUGUAGCAGUCCCCCCGCCCCCAGCCAGCAGUCGUCCAUUCAGCGUCGAGUCGACCAAAUCUGCUCCAGACGUGAUAGUGACGCACUGACAACGGUGACCUGCCGUGUGGGAGCCUUACCGCCGGCGUCAUCCACGGCAGUUCCUGCACACGGCCAAGUUGACCAAGAGACAGCUGGAGCAACAACAACCCGGCAGGAAGGACGGCAGCACACAGUAUUGCGUCACGGACACGAUCGUCACGUGACGAUCCCUGUAAACGGAGGCUCUUCCGCGCCAUCUAUUGAGAAGUGGCGAUCAACAGAAUAAUUCUUGAAAACGGUUGUCAUAAUUGGUGAUCGAAGAAAUGCACUCUGUGUGCACAUAUAACCCAGAAGUUCUGAUACUACGGCUUGGAAUGAUACGUGCCAGCCCACGGAAAAUAUUGACUCAAUGCAGACUGUGAAACAUGUAAUGAAAAUACUGUUGUAUAAAGAAGAAAUAUGGUAGAUGGAAAAUGCAAAUAAAUAUAGGAGGUUGCAAACUUGAAAGCGAAACGAUAACAGUUUGUCUCAGAAGACAUGGAUUGCAUAGCGAACCGCAGAAGCGGCAAUGGUCUCUGUCGCGUCCUUUAAUUUGCAACAGAUCUGCACAUUGACCAUAAACAAUGGUUUUAGAAUUAAUUGCGUCUUCAGAAUAAAUUAAACGUGUUACAUAUUUUAAUUAUUACUUAAAUGACUUUCAGGCGUUAAGGGUUUUGUUCACACCGUGGACACUCUUUAUGGGAAUUUCACUUCAAUAUCAGAGCAUUACUAGUAUCAUAUCUGUUUCUUUUCCUUGUAAAUUAGUAGCAACUUGGAAGGGCCAAUUAAUGCAAUUUAUUGUAGAAAGAGGAAAGUCGUUACCUCGUAUACUUAACGCUAGAAGCUCGUCAAUUGUCUUUAUCUGCACGUAACAAAUUGUAAGACUUACACAGUGCCAUAGUGUGGACGUCCUUGGCUGAAAAUCAGUUUUAAUUUACAGCCAUAUUGAAUAUGUCAAAUAAUUGUUUUCCUGAACUUCUUGUUACAUAAGACACACUUUUCUUUUUGCCAAAUUGUUGACAGAGUUGUUUGCAGCAAGGUUCUUCCUGGGAUGCCACUAGACGCCCUCUGGGCAAAGAUUUCCCAAUUUUAGUGGAAGUCAGAAAGUUCACUACUGUGUUCACAAGAACACCCCACUCGUCGUCCUCUUGAGCCGCCGGAUGCGGCCCACAAUUUCAUAUUCAGCUUCGCUAAGAAAAGCCUCACUAUUAUUCUCUUACAUACACUAUGUUCCAAAGAGUUCAGUUCUCUUGAGAUAUUUCUACUAAUGUCUUGUCUGCCGCCAGUCUAAUCCUCCGUGACUUCAUUAUGAUGGUAAUUUUUGUUGAGAACAAAUUACGAAGCUGCUUAUUAUGAAUUUUCUAUUUACUCCCGUUCCAUUCUGUUAACUGUAUCCAUACAUUCCCCCCACAACCCUGGCGUGAUUCCAAAAUAUUUUCUUUUAUUUAUAAAUGAUUACGUUAAUACCAAUUUCAGUAUCUCAGAGUAUAUUUUGCAAAAUUACAGGAAAAUCAGCCAAUAAUUAAUUGGGAAAAAAAUUAAAGGAAUUGGUCGUGACAGAAUUUGAGGAACUUUCCUACCAUUUGUCCGGACAGACUGUAGAAAACCAAGAAAAUCAUGUUCAGGAUGGUUUUGUUUGUUUUAUUUUGUCACAAUAAAGUUCACAGAUUAAAAUUAUAUUAGAUUAAUGGAUGAGGCACAAAAUAAGUAUCGUAGCGAACCAAAAUGAAGAUAUUGAGUUCCUGAGAUGAAAGUUUCCUUCUGUGCGAAUUUUUGUAUAGCUCAACCAAUAGCCACAUAAUAAGGCUAUCCCUGUAACAGGCCAUGGAGGCCCAUAGGGUUGUAACACGUUGAGGGU